GCGGGCGGCGGAGGGCGGGGGCGGCGCUAGGCGCUGAGGGGCCGCGGCCGGCGGGGACGAUGGCUAAAUGGCUGAAUAAGUACUUCAGCCUGGGCAACAACAAGACCAAGAGCCCCCCGCAGCCUCCGCGGCCCGACUAUCGGGAGAAGCGCAACGGUGCUGGCGGCGCGCCCCGCCCCGACGGGCCGCCGCACCUCCACCGCCACCAGCACCACGCUUCGCCCGGCUUCCCGCACCGCCACCUGCGCGACGACACCAGCGAGCUGCUCCGCGCCUACCGCGCGCAGAAGGACCGCGACUUCGAGGACCCCUACAGCGGGCCCGGCUCCUCCUUGCGCAAGCUGCGCGCCCUGUGCCGGCCCGAGCCCUGCGCGCCAGACGAGCCGGGCCCGGCCGCCCCCCGCGCCUUCUCCUCCGCCUCGUGCGGUGCCGCCGCUUCCGCGCCCGCCGGCUCCCCGCUGCUCGCCCGCAGCCAGAGCGAGCGGCGGCCCGGCACGCCGCCCGAGGUGCGGUACAUCUCCCCUCGGCAUCGCUUGAUCCGCGUGGAGAUCGGCGACGGCGGCAAGUUCGGCCGCGGCGGUGAGCAGCUGGCGGCUUCCGCGCCCGCCAAAGAGAAGGUCUUGAUAGCUGAUGACUAUUCAGAUCCAUUUGAUGCCAAAAGUGAGUUGAACAAAAUGGUUAAAGGAGAGAACACUGGCUAUAUGGAACCAUAUGAAGCCCAGAGAAUAAUGACAGAGUUCCAGAAGCAGGAAGGCAUGAAGACCCAUCAGAAAAACAUGCAGCUUUACGACACACCCUAUGAACCAGAAGGUAGUGGUGUGGAGUCCGAUUCUGAAAGUGUGGUGAGUCAACGUUUACGAGAAAGCAAAUUGCCACAGGAUGAUGACAGGCCUGCAGAUGAGUAUGAUCAGCCGUGGGAGUGGAAUAAAGUCACCAUCCCAGCUCUGGCAGCCCAAUUUAAUGGAAGUGAGAAACGGCAAGCAUCUCCUUCUUCUUCAAAUGACCAACGCAGGCAGUUAAGAGCACCUGGAAGAGGCUUUAAACCCAUCAAACAUGGCAGUCCAGAAUUUUGUGGGAUUUUAGGAGAAAGAAUAGAUCCAACUGUUCCACUGGAAAAGCAGAUAUGGUAUCAUGGAGCAAUCAGUCGGACAGAUGCAGAAAACCUUUUACGUUUAUGUAAAGAGUGUAGCUACCUUGUAAGAAACAGUCAAACAAGCAAGCACGACUAUUCUCUUUCACUGAAGAGCAGUCAAGGUUUUAUGCACAUGAAACUGACGAAAACCAAAGAAAAAUACAUCCUGGGUCAGAAUAGCCCUCCCUUCGACAGUGUUCCUGAAGUCAUCCAUUACUACACUACAAAAAAGCUUCCUAUCAAAGGAGCAGAACACUUGUCACUGCUCUACCCUGUGGCUGUGCGGACCCUCUAAUAUCCUAGUCUCACCCCUUCCUGUGGAUGGGAGGUGAGAGGUAAGCAGGGUUGCACUAAAUCCAUUGUUGGAAUCCAGCGCUCAAGUCUAUGAUGCAGAGCAACUGCCUUUAGACUGGGGCAUGUGGGUCAUCUACAGAACUGCGUAUGGGACUUUGUGUAUGGGAAUAUUAUGCUGCAGCAUGCCCCUAAAACUGUGCUUCUGUGUAAGAGAAAGAAAUCUUACCUUAGUACAGAGAGAACAGAUAGCCUUCCCAGAGCUUCUCUGUGAAUGCAAAUACUUCCCAACAAAACAUUCUUUCUCCGGGGUUUAAACUGAAUCAAGUUCUUCUCAACAGUAAAGCACCAGCAACAUUUAUUCUCUUCCUACCCUUAGAAGCUUUUCCAUGUGCAAAAGUAACCUGCCUGUGAGGUUCUUGGUAUACCUGAGAAGGAGCUGAUAGCAGGCAAAUCCUUGCAGCUCAGUGUGGUCACUUAGCUUGGUGCAUUUUGUUUUCUUAAUGCCCAGAGUUUAAACCCCAGUGUUUCUUGGGGUAGUCAAAUGUGGAAACGUUAUUAGGCACAUCAAACUUAAUGAAUAGUUUUGUGAGAGCACGUCAUGGUCAAUUAUUUAUGAAUAAGGGGAUAUAAUAAAAAAAAGUAGUCUAUUCUAUAUUUUUAUCCUUUUUUUUUUUUUUCUUUUUUGGUACAAUAAUAAAUCUAUGAGGGUUACUGUCUUCAUUUGCAAGUUUCAUUCCUAGAUGCAGGUGGCUAAUAUCGUUUGGGGAAGUUGCACCCUAAUGUUUUAAGUAGUUGAGAAUGAGUCAUUUUAAUAUGUGGGUUAGUAUUUAUGCAUGAGGGUGGUCAAAGGCUUCUAAAAGGCUUUUGUAGGCAAAAUCUUCACUUGCUUAUUUCAUCUGAAACAAACAGUUGUCACACUGAGGUAGCAGACUCAGAAGUGUGUGUUACACUGCCAUUACACAAGCUGGCUUUCACAGCUGUGCAGAUGAGAACAGUGGUAUGUAGCAGAGCAGAAAUUCAAUUUUCCAGUGUGCAAGAUAUUCUUAAAACAUGGUGCCUCUACACACACCUUCUGGCCAGUGUUCAUUUUCCCCAUGAGCAGAACUCCCCUUGCUGUAUUUCAUACACUGCCAGCAAGAAGCACUGCAGAAGCUGCUCUCUACCUCAGUCCUGCCAACUCGGUGCCCAUUCACUUGAGAGAUAUUUGGUACAUGCUCUGUGUGCUCGUUGAAUGCGAUAAGUGAAAUACUGUAAUUGUGCAGCAAUUGGAACUGGGGAUUCAAUAGCCUGGUAGUCCUCACUUUGUGCCAUCUCCCACCUAUAUCUAGAGUGUUGUGCAUUAACCUAUCAGAUGUUUUAGUAGCAAACUGGUUUCAUGCAGUUUAGGUAUUUUACAGACUGCAAAAGGACUGUGAAAUUGUGUGUUAUUUAAUUCAGCUUUUCUUUCCUUUCUUCUCUUUUAUGUAUGUGUAGAAGUGCAAAUCUGAAAAAAAAUGUAAUGAAAUAAUCACUUACUGCCUGUAAAAGUAGUGCUUCACUGUAUUGUCUAAUCUGAUAAGAACCUGAAGGAAGUCACAUAUAAUGUCAUCAGUGGUGAAUGUUCUGCUGCCUGUCUUUUAAACCUGCCUUGUUCUGUUUAUUGACAUCCAACACAGUCUGAGCAGGAGCGGACCAUAUGUACAUGAGGAGCCUAGUGUCAUUCUGUAUAUUAACAGUCAUGAGUCAAGCUGUCCCAGUCUCACAUGGAAUUCAAAGGCAGAGGUUCUUACUGGUUUUCUGAGAGAAGGGUUGUACAAUGAAGUUUACAAAGAGACAACAUUCCUCUCCAAGAAACAACUACUCCAGUUUUUGUGUUCUCACCUUGCACCCUUUGCAUUUCCCUACUGCCUUCAUUCUUCUCAUAAAAAUCACCCAAUUGGCAGGAGCAUAAAAGCACUUUAACAUCAGCAUGUUUUUGCUGGUGCAGGACUACAUGAAGGCAGAUCUCUCACAGAUUAGGAAUCAGAUUGCUUGCAUCUGCUGCUGUCUCUUUUUUUUCUUUUUUGCUUGUGUGACUCUGGCAAUGCCCACAUGCCUCCUGGGUGAAAGGGAUGUGAUACUGCCUUUUUCCCAUGGCAGAGUGUGUUUUUUAGAAUCUGCCAUUGUUGCUGUCCUACAACUGUUUUUCUUCUCUUAUGGAAAAGCAAGCCCCUACACUCUCUAACAAUUAGGAGCAGAAAGCAAAAUAAUUGUAAACCAACACCUUGCCCUUUCUUACCUAUACUUCUUUAGUUCAUGGAGAGGACUGUUGUACUGAAUUUUUCUUGACACAGGCUGAUAAAAAGUCUGUUGAAGCCAGCAGUGCCACUUUAUUGCUGUCUGCAGGUUUGGGGUUGGGAUCCCAAGCCUGGCACAAAUCAGGUCAAUGUGCAACAUACAGAUCUGUAUACAGUUUACUACAGCUUCAAGGAUCAGACCAUGAUUGAGCAAAAGGAAAUCAUCUCAGAAAAUGUUGGUUGUCAGUGGGUAGGUUUUUUAAUUAUUUUUUAAAAAAAACUUUUAGAAAGAAAAUAUUCAGUAAUUGCAGAAUAAAUAAAGCCAGGAUUUUGUUUGCACUGUAAUGUUGUCUUUGUUUAUUUAAGUGAUUGUAUGAUAUUUUUUCCAGUGAAGGAAUAUUCUUCCCAGACGUUUUAAUGUACAUUGAAAAUGCAGUGUGUUGCGGUGUGUAGUAUUGAAUAUGGGUGGACGAUCUCGUAGUGAUCAUGCCUAUAUAGCACAUUAAAAGUUUAUUUUAAAAAAAUCAUAAA